UCCCUUUUAACACACUCCUUUUUCAAUUGAUCUCUAGGGUUUUCCAUUUCGCUCUCUCUGCGAACAAAACAGUGAGAGAGGUCGCUAUUUUCUAGGGUUUUUCGCUUUCAAAUAUUUUCUUUUUCAUCAAAAGAUCGAGGAAGUUCUUAGUUGCAGAGAACAAAAAUGGCAGGGUAUGGAAUCAACUCGAUGCUUAAAGAAGGCCAUAAACAUUUCUCUGGACUUGAUGAAGCUGUUUUGAAAAAUAUUGAUGCUUGCAAGCAGCUCUCUACUAUUACUCGAACUUCUCUUGGCCCUAAUGGUAUGAAUAAGAUGGUCAUCAAUCAUUUGGAUAAGCUAUUUGUCACAAAUGAUGCUGCAACAAUUGUCAGCGAACUUGAGGUUCAGCACCCUGCAGCCAAACUUCUAGUAUUAGCUGGCAAGGCGCAACAGGAGGAAAUUGGAGAUGGAGCUAACCUCACUAUAUCAUUUGCUGGAGAGCUUCUCCAAAAUGCAGAGGAGCUAAUCAGGAUGGGCCUGCACCCUAGUGAAAUCAUUAGUGGAUACACAAAAGCAAUUGAUAAGACCAUUGAAAUUUUGGAAAGCUUGAUAGAGAAGGGUUCCGAGACAAUGGAUGUGCGGAACAAAGAAGAAGUUGUUUCCCGAAUGAAAGCUGCUGUUGCUAGCAAGCAAUUUGGUCAAGAAAACAUAUUGUGCCCUCUCAUUGCUGAUGCAUGUAUCCAAGUAUGCCCCAAGAAUCCAAUGAACUUUAAUGUGGAUAAUGUACGUAUUGCAAAGCUUCAAGGAGGAGGUUUGCGCAAUUCUACGAUCGUUCAGGGUAUGGUUUUGAAAGGUGAUGCCUCUGGGAGCAUUAAAAGAGUGGAGAAGGCAAAGAUUGCCGUGUUUGUUGGAGGUGUUGACACCAGUGCCACUGAGACAAAGGGAACUGUCCUCAUUCACAGUGCUGAGCAGCUUGAGAACUAUGCAAAGACUGAGGAAGCAAAAGUUGAGGAGCUCAUAAAGUCUGUUGCUGAUUCAGGCGCUAAAGUUAUUGUCAGUGGAGCAGCUGUUGGAGAGAUGGCGUUACAUUUCUGUGAACGUUAUAAGCUCAUGGUUCUGAAAAUCAGUUCAAAGUUUGAACUUAGACGGUUUUGCCGUACUACUGGAUGUAUCGCUCUUUUGAAGCUGAGCCCGCCUAGCCCCGAUGAUCUGGGAUAUGCUGAUUCAAUCUCAGUAGAAGAGAUUGGAGGUGCUCGGGUCACUGUUGUGAAGAACGAAGAAGGUGGAAAUUCUGUAGCCACUGUGCUUCUACGAGGAAGUACUGACAGUAUAUUGGAUGACCUUGAGAGAGCUGUUGAUGAUGGUGUGAAUACCUACAAGGCAAUGUGCAGGGACAGUCGGAUAGUUCCUGGGGCUGCAGCAACAGAAAUUGAAUUAGCAAAACAAUUAAAGGAGUUUUCUUUUAAAGAAAUUGGAUUGGAUCAGUAUGCUAUUAAGAAAUUUGCCGAAAGCUUUGAAAUGGUUCCUAAAACCCUUGCUGAGAAUGCUGGGCUUAAUUCAAUGGAGAUUAUAUCUUCUCUAUAUGCUGAACAUGCGGCUGGAAACUCCAAAGUUGGUAUAGACUUGGAAGAAGGUGUCUGCAAGGAUGUGACCAGCUUGGAUAUUUGGGACCUUCAUGUGACCAAAUUUUUUGCUCUCAAAUAUGCUGCAGAUGCUGUGUGCACUGUACUACGAGUUGACCAGAUUAUAAUGGCUAAACAAGCAGGUGGACCAAGGAGAGAUCAGGCCCCUGCUGGGGCAGGAAUGGAUGAGGACUAGUUUGGUUGUCUUCAUUAUUACAGCUACAAUUGUGGUGUGGUAAUAUAUUUGAUUGAGCAUACAAGUUCCUCUGCUUGUUUUGAGGCUCCCUCUUUGUGAAGAUUUGGUAAUCGGCGGUUCUCCCAACCUAUAUGUGACCCAGAGCGGUGAAAGAAACCCAAAUUCUUCUUUGUCAGGAUCCCAAGGCUCAUUUUAUGACACUUCCCGAAGCCUUAAUUUUGUAUUUUGCCAUUUUUCGUGUGCCCCUAGAAUUUUUAGUCUUAGAACUUGUGUAGUUUUUGAGGGAUGGAAUGUUAUCUUCUGUAAUUUGGCCUGAUAAGAUAUUUUAGUACUUGUCUUCUUUUCUUUCAAAAUUUGAGGUGCAGUUAGGUUUAUAUAUUAUGAUGAUGCAGAAUUUAUGUAAGUUGUCCUGUCCUUAGUUUGAGAUAUUGUAGUAUUUGAAUACUUGCUUUCUGUGUUAAUCUUGAAAUUUGUCGCUUCUCUGAUGUA